UGUUUUCAGAGAGGGCUCAUAAAUAAACUGGUUGUAGAGGACUCUAGAACCAGUGUUAAGGAGAGGGACACCAUAAGCCCUGUCCUCCUGUCCUUUCUUACCACACCAUGUGGAAGAACAGACAGGCUCAGCUGUGCCUUUUUUCAGGUCUUCUUGCCUUCCUGCCUUCUGCUUCUUCAUUCAUUGGAGACUCGAAGUAUAUGGUGCUGGUCCCUUCUCAACUCUACACUGAGACCCCUGAGAAAAUCUGCCUCCAUCUAUACCAUCUGUAUGAGACGGUGACUGUCACAGCUACCUUGAUAUCUCACUUGGGAAAAAGAAACCUGUUCGAUGAGCUUGUGGUUGACAAGGACUUGUUCCAAUGUGUUUCCUUCAUUAUCCCUAGAUUCUCCUCUUCUAAUGAGGAGGAGUUUCUCUACGUCGACAUCAAAGGACCAACACACACAUUCAGCAAAAAGAAAGCAGUGCUUGUGAAGAACAAAGAAAGUGUUGUCUUUGUCCAGACAGAUAAACCCAUGUACAAGCCAGGACAGACAGUUAAAUUUCGGAUUGUCUCUAUAGAUAAAAAUCUACGUCCCCUGAAUGCGUUGCUUCCUCUGGCUUACAUAGAGGAUCCGAAAAAGAACCGAAUUAUGCAGUGGCAGGAUAUUAAGACAGAGAAUGGGCUUAAGCAAAUGUCCUUCAGCCUGGCAGCAGAGCCCAUUCAGGGCCCCUACAAGAUUGUGCUGCACAAACAGUCAGGGAUGAAGGAAGAACACUCCUUUACCGUGAUGGAAUUUGUGCUUCCCAAAUUCAAUGUCGAACUGAAGGUCCCAAAUGCCAUCUAUGUGAAUGAUGAAAUACUCAUUGUGACUGCAUGUGGGAAAUAUACCUAUGGGAAGCCUGUCCCAGGACAUGUGAAGAUAAGCGUCUGCCGUGAGACUGAGACUAGAUGCAAAGAAGUCAACUCCCAGAUUCCUGAUGUUAUGCCCUGAGUCCACUGGAAACCCAGGUGAGCACAAGGAUUUCAAAGUCCACCGCAAUU